AUUUUCUGACCUAAAUAGUCCUGAGAUUUUGUAAAAAUCCUUCCAAGUUUCUCACAUACCUGGUGGCGGUAUUCAGAAUAAAGAUUUCAUCAGCAACCGGAACUUAAAAGAGUUACAAUUUGAUUCCCCCAUUCCGGUUUUUAAAACCUUCGUUUACUCGAGGGCUGCCUUUUGCUUUACCUGUUAACACCGUUGAAGCCUCGAGACUCUCCGGCCGCCGCUGCAAGCAUCUCGUCUCCUCCGCAUUCCAGAUUUCCAGUACUCCAGCCGUCGAGAGAAGACCAUCUCCGGCCACCCGGCGACUCAGAGUUGUACCUGUUCACUCUCUUGGCAUGUGGAGAGCAUCGCCGUAUCGCCAUUUACUAUCUCCAGUGAAGAGAGGGAGAAGAAGCUAAAGAAAGCAAACUCAAGUAGACACACAGAGGUAGAAAUUUUGCAUUAAUCAACCAUGGAAUCAGAUAUAUUCUAUUCAACCUUUGGAGAUUAAGCAAAAACAAAGAAACAUUGUGUUCAUCCCUUGAGAGACCUGAAUUUUCUGGCACCGAUUGCGUCAUUAAACAGAAGAACUGGUGGGAUUCUAAUGUGAAGGGGUUCUCAUUUUAUUCUUUUAAGUUUAAUUAGCUUUGCUGACCAUUGGAUGCUCUUUGGCUUGACCAAGUGUGAUGAGCUUAGCGGCUGAUUCCCCUGUGCAUUCUUCGAGCAGUGAAGAUUUUGCAGCAUUGCUUGAUGCAGAGCUGCAAACGAGUUCUUCAGAUGGUUCACCUGAUCUUGAAGAUAACGAAGAAGAGGAAGAUUUAGAAACAAGGAGGAUUAAAAGGCGCAAGGUGGAUGAGUUGGAAAUUUCAGAGAACUCUCAGGGGACAACUUCACAUGAAACCAUAAAACAGGAACCAGAUGCAUCACUAAAUGAGGAAAUAUGUCCUCCACACCCUGGUUUUAUUAGAGAGAUGUGCAUAAGAUGUGGACAGCAAGAGGAUGAUGAAACAGCUAUGGCAUUUGGAUAUGUACACAAGGAUUUAAGGCUUGGUACGGAAGAGAUUGAUCGACUACGUGGGUUGGACCUGAAGAACUUGCUACGUGAUAAAAAACUGAUCUUGGUACUUGAUUUAGACCACACGUUGCUUAAUUCAUCCUUACUUGGUGAUUUAAGUUCAAAAGAGGAGUACCUGAAGGAUUGUACUGAUUCCAUGCAAGAUGUCUCAAAUGGCAGCCUAUUCAGAGUGGACUCUAUACACAUGUUAACAAAGUUAAGGCCCUUUAUUCAUACCUUCCUGAAAGAAGCAAGUAGCAUGUUUGAGAUGUAUGUAUACACAAUGGGAGAACGUUCCUAUGCAUUGGAAAUGGUGAAGCUCCUUGACCCUAGAAGGGUGUAUUUUAGUUCCAGAGUGAUCUCAAAAGCUGAUUGCACCCAAAGACAUCAAAAGGGCCUAGACAUGGUGCUGGGAGCUGAAAGUGCUGUUGUGAUCCUUGAUGAUACAGAGGAUGAUUUGGUGACAGAGGCAACGAUUGGCUCUAGUAGGGUACGUGGUGGUAUGUAUCUGCUUGAUGAUGACUUGGCAUUGGUCUCUGUUUAGGCUUUUCAGACAUAUUCUAUGUCACCACCCAUCUCUGAGUUACUACAAUGGCAUUAUCAGUUGGGACAUUCCCUUUUGGGAGCUUUAGCUAGAUUUUUUUCUUUUAAAAAUUGUAAUUCGAGUCAGUUUUUUUGUGAGGCAUGUGUUUUGGCCAAACAAACUCGAAUACUUAUUUUGUUUCUAAAAAUAAAAGUGCCACUCCUUUUUCA